AUGUUGUCAGGCUUCCUUCCUACAAACACAAAAUCCAAUCGCACUCAAGAACAAGAACCCGGCUUGAAUAUUAAGGGCCGGGCGUCUGGCCCCUGUAUCGUUAUCGGGAGUAACUUUGCGCCUGGAACGACGGCAGAGGACAUUGAAUCCGCAUUCAGCCCAACCGGAGGGGACAUUUUACAAUGCAGACUUACAAAAACGUUUCCCUCGGUGACUGCUGAGUUGGUGUUUGCUGAGAGGCAAGGGGCCGAGAAUGUUGUUGCCACGUUCAAUUCGCAGAAGGCGGAUGGGAGGAUUAUUCUAGUCCGGAUAGAUACUGGGGCCAACCCAUCCACAGUCUUAGCUCAGUCAAAAGCAGUCACCGCUCUCCCCGGAAAUACCAAGUCCGCCUUCGAUAGUAGCCGUGAACUCGCAGACAAAGAGCGUCGCGAAAGCCGCCGUCCUGCUGAGGUCCAGGAUGGCCGUUUCGGGUUUGAGGAUCCGGUGCAACGGUCCCAGCAGCAACCAGCAGAUUUAUACGACCAAGACACUAGAAACGGUAACAGGGACCAGUCGUGGAGAGGAAAUAGGCGACGAAACCCACCACAGCAUAAUGGGGACAAGGCCGACCUCUACAGUGAUACGAUGAUGGUCGAUCAGCAGCCAUCUAACAGACAGGCUAACAACCGAAGGCGCUAUUAG